AUGUUAAAAAUUCAUGAUGCCACUUUGGAACAUGACUUAAAGGUGUCAUCACUAAAUGCUGGAGUGACUCAAGAGAAAACAUUGGAGACCGGAGGAGCAGAUGCCACUCUUCUCUGCCCAAACCAAACUCUCACUGACAUCAUUGUUGUAGUAUGUCACAAAUAUAGAGUUAUACGUGAGGGUCAUGAGUGUGAAAUUGCACUAGAAUUUGAGACAAAUCAUACCAACAGCACUUGUGACCCCAGAGUCACACUACAGACAGAGAAUGACAGAGUGUUUCUACACAUUACCAACAUACAACCAUCUGAUGAAGGGAACUACACCUGUGUUUGUACACAUUAUAAUGGCAAUUCUGAUAUAAACAUAGAUAUUUCUGUCAAUGGAACCCAAGUGCAACAGGCCACAGACAACAGUCUCUUCUAUUGGGGGAUGAUAACAGGCGUUGCAGCAUGUGUAGCUGCCCUGGUGUUUGGUGGCGUAAUCAUGAGGAAAAUUCAUCUCAGGAGAACACAGCUACAAGUGUCUGGAACCGUCAACGAGGAGGAGCAACAGGACAUGGAGCCCUUCAACAUGUUCACAAGGAGAGACAAUGGGCUUUACUCAACUCUACAGCUGCCACAUCCUAACCCCUGACCCUCUGGCACCGUUGACCAAUGACGACAUGGCAUUAGACACCUUCUCGUAACAGCUAGCUAUACAGCUAUACGGUAGAGUGGUAGAUAUGCAUUUACUGUGAUUAUUUUGAUUACUGAAAAUGCAAUUUCUUUCUUUGUCUGACUUGCCAUAUAUCAGCCUCUCCUUUACUGUAGAUGUUCUGUGGUUGUUGUAAAUAUCAACACAUAGUGUCUGCAGGCUGCACAUCUGUUAUGGAAAUACAAGUGUUAUAUACAGUACAUGUCUAAAAAAGUAUAGCUGUUCUGUUGUUUGCGGUUAGAACAAAGCAUGUUUCUGUGGAGAUCACCUGAUCCCAAAAUCAUAAUCUUUUCCACCAGGUGUCAGUGUA